UAUUAUGAAACGUCAGUAGAAAAAGUUUAUUUGAGUACUGGAGUCUAUUCUCAUCUAUUAAACUUAAGCAAUAUCAGCCCUGAAAACUUUACUCAGUCCCUGGUUUUCCUUCAUAUUGAAAAUUCGUUCCCUCUCUCUAAUUUGCAUCUCGUCAUAAAAUUAAUGCGCUACAAGUGUAAAAUAAUGAAAAACAAUGCAAAUGAGAUCAUAAAUGUAAACAAAUAGUCGGUUCGAUUUUGUAAUCGAUCGUUGAAUAUUCCGUGUGUCCGAUCCGAUCGCUAUUUCAAUAAACUUGAAUUCAAUUUACCAAAGCAGUUAGUACUUCUCGAAGCGCGAAAUAACGCGAUUGCAAAUAUAUCGCGCCACAAUAAAUGAAGAGCACUUGAAUGUUCUUAUCUUUUAACAAUAGAAUUAUUUGUGUUAUCUGUAUUAUUUAUUUAGUGAAUCUUAUGUUUCACGGCGAAUAAUAUCUUGAACUAAGAUAAGGUGAAUUUUAGUAGAAAGGUUUUUCUAUGGGGACGGUCUACUCUAUUCAUACAGUGGAAAAUAAAAUAAUAGGAAACAGUAGUGUGUGUUCAUAGUGUACCUAAAUAUGGAUAAGAUAUAAAUAAGUGUCGCGUUGUGAUUUGUGAAUGUUAUAAAUCGGUGCUAAAAUAAUUAAAAAUGCCAAUGCCAUCAUUUCCAACUCCAACUAUAGCAGCUAGUACAAGUAAUAAUAAUGACAGCAACAAUGAUAUUGAAGUUGCGCAUAUUUCUAGACCUAGAAGUAGUAGUUGGGGUACGCAUUAUCGUAACAGGAGGAAACGGACUCCUUCUGUUAUUGAGGUACAAGAACAGGCUAGAAGGAGGAUAAGUUGUAUGCCAUCUGUUACUGAAGAAGCGACUAGCAAACUUCAUCUGAAAGUUGUAAGAGGGAAGAGUCUUAUGAAAAAGGAUAUAUUUGGAGCAAGUGACCCCUAUGUUAGAAUUGACCUAAUACCAAUAAACGGUGAUGAAAUUAUUGACUCAGUACUUACCCGGACAAGAAAAAAGACUCUCAACCCUGAAUGGAAUGAGGAAUUUAUAUUUAGGGUGAAACCCACCGAACACAAACUCAUCCUGCAAGUAUUUGACGAAAACCGGCUGACUCGCGAUGAUUUUCUUGGAAUGGUUGAAUUAUCAUUAAUGAACCUGCCUAAGGAACAAGAAGGCAGGAUCAUUCCUCCUAUCAAAUAUUUAUUACGACCUAGAAGCACCAAGUCACGUGUACGAGGCCACUUGGAGAUCUACCAUGCCUACCUUUAUGACGGAGGAAAUGCUCCAAUUGCCUCUGUUGAGGAACCUAUUAACGUCAACGAGUGGGAGAUUGUUGGCGAGGCUAGAGAGGAGACUCCUUCACAGGCUAUUCUUAUGAGUUCAAACUCAUCGGAAUCGUCUUCGCCUUUACCGCCUGGCUGGGAAGAAAGGCAGGACGCAAACGGACGUACUUAUUAUGUUAAUCAUAUUGCCAGGACAACUCAGUGGGAACGACCGACUUUACCGAGUAAUAGCCCUGAAAAUGAAGAAACAGCUCGGGAAGUUGCCAGAGGUGAAGACAGAGAGGUAUUUGAGAGGAGAUAUCAUAUAAGUGCUGAAGAACAAACUAAUGGCCGUGGAGAUGUUUCUAGUAAUAAUCAGCAAUCAGACGACGAAAACAUCCUAGAAUUGCACAGUGAAGCUCUGGAAAAUAGCAUAGAAACAACUGAAAAUCUUGCGGAAGAUUCAGCUUUGCCAAACGGCCAAAAUAUUAUAGGCUCUGAUGCUGCCUCGGACAGAACUAAUAGGCUCAGUGUAACCGAUUCAGAUUAUCACGGAUCUGGAGAAAGCGAUGCUGAUAGCGCCAGGAGUUCUCUGGACGAAAAUGUAGCGCGAGCUCGUGUAAACACGAGCUUUGACCAUGUGGACAGCAAUAAUUCGUCCCGUCGAGAUUCUCCCGUGUCCACAAACACCAACAACAGCAAUAACGCGUCACAAAGUGAUCUAACGGCAAUCGGAGAUGAUUUGCCUCCCGGUUGGAGUGUCCAAAGAGCCCCUAACGGCCGGCUUUUCUUUAUCGAUCAUCACGAAAGAACAACAUCAUGGGUGGAUCCCAGGACAGGCAGGGCUAGUCCGAUGCCCAACCAGCCUGCGGUGCAACCAGUGAAUAGGAAACCGGAUGACGAUUUGGGUGCUUUGCCAGAAGGAUGGGAAGAGAGGGUGCAUUCAGAUGGGCGAAUAUUCUUUAUUGAUCAUAAUACCAGGACAACACAAUGGGACGAUCCCCGUUUAUCGAACCCGCAAAUAGCAGGCCCAGCAAUACCGUAUUCUAGAGACUAUAAACGAAAAUACGAAUAUAUGAAAACUCAACUCAGAAAACCAACGAAUGUACCAAACAAAUUCGAAAUUAAAGUGAGACGUAGAAGUAUUCUAGAAGAUUCCUUCAGAGUAAUCACUAAUGUAAGUCGUGUAGAUCUGCUAAAGACAAAAUUGUGGGUAGAAUUUGAAGGCGAAGUCGGCCUUGAUUACGGAGGCUUAGCUAGGGAGUGGUUUUAUUUGCUGUCAAAGGAAAUGUUUAAUCCUUAUUACGGAUUGUUUGAAUAUUCGGCAAUGGAUAAUUAUACGUUACAAAUUAAUCCUACUUCGGGAUUGUGCAAUGAAGAGCAUUUAGCUUACUUUAAGUUUAUUGGUAGAAUCGCUGGUAUGGCUGUGUAUCAUGGUAAAUUAUUAGAUGCAUUCUUUAUUAGGCCGUUCUACAAAAUGAUGUUAUCGAAAACCAUAGAUUUAAAAGACAUGGAAUCUGUAGAUUCUGAAUACUACAAAUCGUUGCUGUGGAUCAAAGAAAACGAUCCUUCAGGAUUGGAUCUUACUUUUUCGGUUGACGAAGAAUCUUUUGGCCACACAACUGCUCACGACCUUACCGAAGGUGGAGCUAAUAUUCCUUUGGAUAAUUCUAACAAAGACGAAUAUAUAAAGUGUAUUAUUCAAUGGAGAUUCGUAGGUAGGGUACAAGAGCAAAUGAACGCGUUCUUAGAAGGUUAUAGCGAUCUUGUACCACUGACUGUGAUUAAAAUUUUCGACGAGAACGAAUUGGAACUGCUCAUGUGCGGUAUUCAACACAUCGACGUAAAAGACUGGAAACAAAAUACGCUUUAUAAGGGCGACUAUCAUGCUAAUCAUAUUGUUGUGCAGUAUUUUUGGAGGGUUGUGUUGUCAUUCAGUAACGAAAUGAGAGCUAGGCUGUUGCAAUUUGUGACGGGAACAUCCAGAGUUCCCAUGAACGGAUUCAAAGAAUUAUAUGGCAGCAAUGGUCCGCAACUAUUCACAAUCGAAAGAUGGGGAUCGACAGAUAAUUUCCCUAGGGCACAUACAUGUUUCAAUAGAUUGGAUUUGCCACCAUACGAAAGCUAUGCCCAAUUAAAAGAGAAACUUAUCAAAGCAAUAGAAGGUUCACAAGGUUUCGCCGGUGUGGACUAAAUUUGAGAAAAUAUCUUAUCAAAACUUUAUACAAAUCUGUCCAUUAUAUCUUAAGCAUAUUUAAAAGUUCUACAACAAUGCUGUUAAUUGUAAUUUAUUUGAUUUUUGGGUUGACGUUGGAUAAAAAUGUUCUGCAAAGAAACUUUAGAAUAAUCCUUUGCAAUGCAUUUAAUCAGCCCCAAAUAUAUAACUCUUUUAUAUUUUUAAACUGUAUUCUGUAUACUGAAAUUUUCACCCAUUUACCAGUAUACACUUUGUAGAUUGUGAUACUCUAUUUAUAGGCUUUUUUUUUAAACAAACGUAUAUGAAAUUGUUGGUAUAUAAAAGAAUGUAUAAAUAUUAUUAUUAUUAUUAUUUCUAUGAUUAUUUUUUUUAAGUGUACAUUUAGACAGAAAAUAUUAUUAACAUUGUAAAAUGAAACUGAUUUUAUUAUUGUUCAAAUUCUAGUUUUAUUAUUAUUACUACACUUUAUUAUUUUGAUUGUAUUUUUUUUUUUUGUUUAAUAAAAGAUAGUACUUAUAAGGCGUGUAGCUUAAAAACUGUUCGAAAUUAGAUUGGUUUUGGGAAGGUCAAUUUAUAUAACAGGAACUACAUAUUGUGACAAAAAACUUCAUAACUAUGAAAAUGUUUGGAAGGACAUUCUUGGGAAAAAAGGCUGCUAUUGAACAACUACACUUCUUUUCUUUUAAUAAAAAUUUAAUUCACAUGAAAUGUUAGGAUAAUUAUGUAUGGCAAGGUGCACCAAUUUCUGUUUGUAUUUCACUUUUAUAAUAAUAAUUAUUGUAGUUUCCGUUGUAUAAUUUAAUUGUUCUGUAGAUACAAUAUUUAGGUUUGGUCUUGUUGCUUAUGCUGUUACAUGCUUUCUAGUAAUCAUUCGAAAUGAUAAAAUAUCUAUAUUUUUAAUAAUAUCAUAUUUAGGAUCUAUUUAAAUGUUAUAAUGUCUCAAUUUCUUGUUCCAUUCCAGUGAAGUCUUAUUAAAAAAAUAAAAACAAGACAUUUUAUUAUUUUUCUGUGUAUUAUUUCGGUAUAUACUGAAUGAAAAAAAAUGGCAAAAUAAAAUGUUUUGGGUAACUGACACAACUUGGCUAUCAUUAUCUUGCCAAAAAAAAAAUGUGAUUAUAUCACAAUAACUAUUUGAUAGAAAGCUUUAUAGUUUGUCUAACAAACUUAAACAUUAAAGGCGUAUCAGGUAUUAACAAAAUAAUUACUUAAAUUAAUCAGGUACUUAAAGUAGUAAAGUUCAAUUAUGACCUAUUACAGAUUAUAAGAUACCAAUAUUAUUAAUACCUGAAACUACAAAAAUUAAUCAAGAAAAUAUAAAAACUAUUUGUCAAUUAUUACAAAUAAACAAAAUACUUUUUGUCUGUUAUACUUCUUUGGUGGGCGUUCCAAUUUCGGGGGCCGCCAGCUGAGUUCUAGAUUCCUCUAAAGAAGCCACAAGUUUCUUGAUGAAAGGAUUUUCAAAUUUUCCGUGCAAAGCAUCAAAGUACUCUUGUAACUUGAACGGUGUAUUAUCGCGUUUUUCAUAGUUCACUGCCGUAAAUAACAAAUCGAAUCUGUCCAAAUCUUUAACGAAUUUUGCUUCAGGGGUUUCUUUGGCUUCAUAUUCUUUGUACAAGUUGUAAAUUAAUAAACCAGUUGCACCUGAAAACAAUAAUUGUUAAUAGGUCAACUUGUACUUAUAGGAGGAACAAUUUCUACCAAUAUGGCUAGUGAUCUCUUUCAUAGCUUCAUCUUCUUGCUGAUGUUUGACAACUUCAGAAAUAUUAUCGUGAGGUGUGAUAUCUCCCACUAUCGAUUCAGCUAAAUCGUGCACAAGGGUCAGUUGAAGGCACUUGAGUCUGUCCAAUUUUGAGUCAUUGCCUAGGAGGAAGGUCAUAAGGGCCAUGGCAUA